CAGCAUGGGUGAGCAGCCCCCCAUAGAGAUGAGCUGCCUGGCCAAGAAGUUGGAGGCUCUGCAGUCCGACUCGGAGUCCGCCUGCCGCGUGGAGGACGAGGAGGAGGAGGGGGGGGGCGACGCCGCCGCCCGCUUCUGGGAGGCGCCCGACUUCUGCAUGGCGUGCGCCCAGCGGCACGGCCCGUCCGAGGGCCACGCGUACGACUACCGGCAGGAGGUUGACGAGGACCUGACGUGCCGCGUGUGCCUGGAGCCGCUGCUGGGCCCGCUGGACACGCCGUGCGGACACACCUACUGCCGCGAGUGCCUGCGCGGGAUCGCGGCUCGCGCGCGGACGACCCGUGCCCACGGCGAGAACGGAGAGGGAAAUCGGACCGAUGAUGACGACGACGACGAUGACGACGAUGAAGACCUGGAGGUCUGCUGCCCCUUGGACAGGGAGCCGUUCCGUCUCUUCGAAUGCUCCUCGUCCAGCUUCCUCGUGAAACGCCUCCUGGACAAGCUCAUGGUCGGCUGUCCCCUCUGUCCCGACGGCGAGAUGCAGCGGAGCGACCUGGAAGAACACCUGCGUAACAGGUGCCCCGGCACGGCGGCGUUCCGCGAGGCGGAGGAGAAGCGGCGCAAGGCGGCGGCGGCCUGGGGGGGCGGUGGCCACGGCGCGGACAGCUCGGCGCAGCACGCGCUCGCGCUGCUCAACGCCGGCGUGUGCUCCGUGGAGGCCAUCGCGCUGCUCUCCGACGAGCCGGGACUCGAACCCGGGUUCCAGCUCAGCUCCGAGGAGGAACUCGACAUCGGCGAUGGAGAUGUGGGCCGGCGGACGAGAGGCUCCAGCAGGGACAGCGCCCCCCCCUCGCGCAGCGACAGCUCCUCCGGCGGGGAAUCGUCCGGCUCCGAGCUGUCCCCGGGCUCUCCGGUACGUGAGGGUGCCGUGUCGACGCUGGAGCUGCGCCGUGCCGACCCGUACGAGGAGCUGGGCGUCAUGGUGGUGGGCGGCAGCGACACGCCGCUCGACAGCAUCGUGGUGCAGCAGGUGCUGCGGCCCGGCCUCGCCAGCCGCGACGCUCGCCUGCUGCCAGGAGACCGCAUCCUCAAGGUGAACGGCGUGGACAUCGGCAGCGUGCCGCACGAGUUUGCGCGCGCCGCGCUCGCCGAGCCGUGCCGCUGCGUGCGUCUGCGCGUGCUGCGCGACGCGCACCACGCCGCCUUCGGGCCCGACGGGGCGGCCCCCACGGCACCCCCCGGGGCGGCGGCGGCGGCGGCCUCCUCCUCGCGCUCGCCCGCACGGCGCUCCUACCGCCGCUCGGCGUCCUCGGCGUCGGCGUUGGCGGCGGCGGGAGGGGCCGGCGCAGCCCAGCAGCGGGAGUCGCACCGGCUCCCGCGCCGGCACACGUGCCGGGACUUGCGCGGCGGAGAGACGCGCCGCGGGGACGGCCUCGCCGCGGCCGCUGGGCCUGGCAAUGAAAGCCUGCAGGUGGUGUUGAGGAAGCGCUACUCGGGCGAGGUGCUGGGAAUCCGAUUGGCCGAGGCGACAUGCGGCGGCGCCGGGGGCCCCUCGGAGCUGCCGGCGGGGGUCAUGGUCCAGCGCGUGCUGCUGGGGGGGGUGGCGGCCAGGGAGGGCGCCCUCCGUGCCGGGGACCGCGUCAUCGCCAUCAACGGGCGCGACGUGCGCAGGGCCACCACGGAGCAGGCGGUCGCCAUCAUACAGUCGUGCCAGGACCGCGUGCACUUCGUGGUGUCGCGACAGUGCCGGCCGCACGUUCCCGAAAUCCUGCACGAGGUGGUCCCCAACAACAACAACAACGACCACAACGCUGGCGCCACCGCCGCAGCGGCAGCGGCGCUGAGCACCGGCUCACCGUGGCAGGAGAAGACGGUGCGGGUCUCGAAGGCCCCCCACGAGUCUCUGGGGAUAACGGUGGCGGGGGGUCUGGGCAGCCUCGGGGGGGACCUCCCGAUCUACGUGACGAGCGUGGACCCGCACGGCUCGCUGGGCCGCACGCGCAACGUCCGCACGGGCGACGUGCUGCUGAGCGUGAACGGCAGCGACCUGACGCGCCUGACGCACGCCGAGGCCGUGGCCGGGCUCAAGGCCGGCGCGGCGAUGCCCACGGUGGAGCUGCACGUGCUCUCCCACGUCUCCUCCACCGCAGCGUCGCCCACCAACUCGUCGCCCACCUCGGCCACCGCGUCGCCCGCCAGCGUCGGCGAGGAGCGUGGGGCCGGCCGCAGGGAUGGGCAGCGCAGAGACAGGCCGCCGAGAGCGACGUCGACCGACGAGGAGGAGGCGGCCGCCCAGGCGGACAACGAGCGCAACGAGGAGGGGGGCGCCGCCACGGGGGAGCGCCUCACCUGGACGCCCUCCUGGGUCACCUGGCUCAGCCUGCCCAACGCGCUGCAGCGGCAGAAGGAGGUCGUGUUGUCGCGCGGCAUGUCGGGCAGCCUGGGCUUCAGCAUCGUGGGCGGCUUCGAGGAGAACCGCCACACGCAGCCGUUCCUCGUCAAGCACAUCGUGCCCGGCACGCCCGCCUUCAACGACGGGCGCCUCAGGUGCGGCGACCGCAUUGUGGCCGUGAACGGGAGGAACACGGCCGGCAUGAACCACGCGGCGCUGGUGCGCACGCUCAAGGAGCUGCGGGGCAAGGUCUCGUUGACCGUCAUCUCCCUGCCCGGCUCCCACGUCUAGCCGGCGCCACCGCCGCCACCACCACCACCGCCGCCGCCACCACCACCACCACCGCCGCCACCGCCGCUGGCGCCCGGCUGGUUGGGACGGAGCAAACGACAAAAACAAACGCGUCCCCCCCCCCCCGUGUUAGACGGCCCGCUUCACCAACCGCGGCUGACCUCCCCGACCCCCAGAGCGCGGCUGCAUUGUCUUCGUCAUCGGCGGUGGCGUCAUUGUGCUGGAGGCAGUCCAGCAAAUAAGAUUUGUUUUUUUACUUUUACUUUACGCGAAGCCCCUCCGGUUUAGCAGAGCUUGCCGAGUGUUCUAUUCGAACGUGUGUGUGUGUGUGGAUUUCCUCCGGGCUCUCGUUUGCUCACACGUGCAAAAAUAAUAAUUUGCGUUGGCACAAUGAGACUCAAUGAGGCUGUUCUCGUUGGAAGUUUAUUGUCGAGUCGGACGGCGCUGUGGUGGUUGAAGGGGUUUAACAAGGCGGCUCAAUACCAAUUUUAUGGGGAAGUUAAGAGGGGUUGUCCUAUGGAACAACUGCCCCCCUGCCACGGGAAUGUGGAAUGUCCACCACUAGCCGAAAGCCUCGGAUGCAGGUGUGAAUGUCGAUCCCUCACGCUCAUCCGAGCAGAGAGACAUUUUAAAGUCAUCCUGGUUUUUUAAGAAUCAUUAUUGUUUCACAUUUCCUUAAAACUGGCGCUUUGUAAAAACGGUGAGAAGUCACUUCCAACCAAAGCUUGCAGUGUUUCAUCGAGGGUCACAAGUCUGAGCCAUCUCCGCUGCGUUCGCGUUCUGGGGACCGCCUGGUUGCUGCGGGAAUGUGGCCGCUGCUGCUGCUGCUGCUGCCCCUGCCGCUGCUGCUGCUGCUGCUGCCUCUGCUGCUGCUGCCGCUGCUGCUGCCGCUGCUGCCGCUGCUGCUGCUGCCUCUGCUGCUGCCGCUGCUGCCGCUGCUGCUACUGCUGCUUGUGUGAUGAUUGGUGGCAGAACCUAUUUUCGGCCAACACCUCUCUUGCCUUCGUUUUUCCCAACGGGCGCUCAUUCUAGUUUUUUGGACAGACGCAAAAACGACGGGCAAUUGAGUCGAGUCCGAUUUGCAAAUAGUCCGUGCAAUUAUUCCAGCGUAGGUGAUGAAAUGCAGCUUUUUCACUUGCUCUCUCGAUCCCAGGUCUCAGUUGCAAAAGAAUUAACACCUGAGGCCUGAUUUGUGUGUUGGUGGAAAUUAGUAAAAAAAAAUCAUCUAGAUGUUUGGUGGGAAACUAAACAAAAUUGACAUCAUAAAAGGAAAUAAAUGAUUCAAUGUGUUUCGUAUGGCCACAUUGUCAGUCCACUGCUGGAUGAAGGCCAGCUCUCUGUUGGUCUUGGGGGUUUAGUGGCCAUACUUCACCACGCUGGUCACGGCUUUUUGGUGAAUACGGAUAUGGGAGCAGUUGUGGUGGAGGGUGGUGCCCAGUACCGGUUCAGAUAUCACCGCUCUCUGACCGAUGGUGAGAUCACCCCGCUCACCGCGCUGCGCCUGUUCAUCGCACGUGCGCGGCUACGUGGCCCGUGAUCACCUUUAGACGACUGCGGGUUUCACACAGGCUUCAACGACCUCGGAUUGAAAAUGAAUCGCGAACCAAAUUAUCAUAACCACCGAUGGGUGAAAAUACAUCAAAUUAUCAAGUGGAUCGUUACGAGCUCACUUGAAAGGCCAGAAUUAAAAAUAGUAAUAAAAAAAAAGUCCGAUCGGCUGUUGUUUUCCAUUACCCUGCAUGAACCCAGACGUGAAACGGGAGCAUUCUGAAUGUAAAACAUGAUUAAUGUUUUCGAGCGUAAAUGGAAAGAAUGAAAAUGUAGCGUACAAUACUGGACGCGUAUCCCUCGUGUACAGUAUUCUGCACUCAAGGAAAGAAAAUUGCGCGCGUCUGAACCUCCUCAACGGAGAGGCUGGGAGCGUCGCGUGACCAGGGGCCGGCGAUGGGCCGCUGGGGGAGACGAGUCGGAGACACGGAGACUCGGCGUGUUCUUCCGCGGCAGCGGCAGCAGCGGCGGCAGCGGCAGCAGCAGCAGCGUCAUCGCGUGCAGGAAUCUCGCGGUCAGCCGCGAGUGGUCGAGCGAUCGGCGAACUGCGCCACAAUAAAUUUGCCGCGAAUGCACAAAUCCACGGCGGUUUUGGUGCGCUGUCAUUUUUCCCACCAAACAUUGCCACGGAAGGCUUCUCCACCGGGGUCGCGCGUUAUGCCUUUUUGCGAGCUUAGCUUUGACGUCACGAUGUAAGGAAAACUUAAAAGUAAUCAUUCGUGUCGUAAUUGCUGCUGUAUAAUUGUAAAUUGUCAUAUUUAUUGUGCCUGUUCAUGAACGAAACCCGGUAGUUCACGACGAGUACACGUGUUCGGAUUGUGGCCGUGUUACCUCGGCAGUAACGUGGCUUCGACUAACUUGCGCAAUAGUUGUCACGUGUUGCCGGGCUGUGAAUUAAGCCGCAGAUGUUGUCGUGAUUUUGGUGUUGACGAUAGUCGGAGGCAUUUACUCGAUCUCCAAAUAAGCAAAACGCUUUGUGCCACGGUGGGGAGAUGUUAACUCCCUCGCCUGGUGUACAGGAGGUCGUGGGUUCGAUCCUGACCCUGACACCUGCUGCUGUAUAUUUGGGAGUGUGCGUGUUCUCCCCGUGGUCGCGUGGAUUUAUCUCCGGGUCCUGCGUUUUUUCCCCUCCACAUUUAGACUCGAUAUGCAUUUAGAGUAUUUGGCUGCUAUAAUGUCCACGUGAUAAGCCGCUUCGUUGAGCUAUCAUUUGUGGCCAGCUCGCUUCUGAUGAAGAGCUAUGCAGCUCGGUGGGCCUUACCUGGUAAAAUACAAGUGGUUUAGAGCUUUCACCGGUCGUUUUCUGCAGUGCCCGAUAAUCACGGAUGCGACCGCGCGUCCGCUCAAGCGAGGUCAAAAAGUUUUGAGAGCGACGAGUCCAAGAACCGCGAUGGCGUUAAACCUCAACACAAAAGAGCGAAGUCUACGGUACGCAAAGUCCAAACUCGUGGCGGUUGGUCGACUGGCACAGGGGUUUUUGGGAAAUGUGGACUUUCCGUGACCGUCUUCUUGGUUCUUUCGGUAAAGUCACGUAGAAGGGAAGUAAUAAAAUAAUAAAAAGGUUUUUUUAUUAUUUAAAGUCACGUAGAAGGGAAGUAAUAAAAUAAUAAAAAUGUGUUUUUUUAUUAUUUUAUUACUUCCCUUCUACGUGACUUUACCGAAAGAACCAUAAAGAUGAAUCCCUGCAGUCACGAAAGCUUUAAAUCGAAAUUUCCAUGACCGGCUCACUUUUUUGCCAACAGAGAUAUAUAUAUAAACACAAAGUCUGAAAUGCACAUUUAUCCAAUAAUGGAUAAGCGCGUCGACUACAUGUACACUUGAUUUUACAAUUGUUCACAUAUUUUUGAAUCUCAAAACUCUUUGACACGGGCCGGUUCUCCUACUACCACGAUACUAAAACGUGAUGGCUCAGCCUCGACUUCAAAUGCUCCCCGCUGUGGUUGUCGCUUCGUUCCCGCACACUGCGCUGCCGGGCGCAGUAGUGCUGGAACCAACCCCUCGUUUUGUAUUCGCCCGCUUGUAAAUACAGACGACGCGUGCCUGCUUUUUCGAACGACAUCAAACUCCCAUGUGCCGAACUACGGAAUUUGACGACCCGCCCGGACGCGCCCCCGUGUACAAAUCUUCGCCGCGUUGGAAUUCGUUCCACGCCUUUUUCUAGAUAUUCGCUUUGGGAUUUUCUAACAGACGCACGCGCGCACCAAGGGCAUCCAUUGUGGCGGGCUCGCCAGUCCCGGUUCUCCUUGCGGUUCAUGCGCGUGCGGAUUCCACGUGGAGAGCUGGCCCCGCGGGAGCCUUGCCGCGGUUGAAACAGUCGACAAACGCAGAGGUUGGAGUAAGGUUGGCGGUGAAAGCAAACGCGAAUCAAAAUAAACGAAUUGCAUGCUGCUCGGUUUUUUCGUGGCUGCCCGCCACCACCUCCCCAUCCACCACAUCGGAAUUCUUUUCCGUGAAUGUCCAUGUAGGUUCGUGAAAAGUCAUGCAAUAAAAACUGCCUCU